AUGGCCGACAUCACCGAUCAACACGACCAGACCUCGCCCACCGACCUCGAUGAGUCCCAGGUUGGCAACGGCAACGCUGCCGAGAACAGAGGCGUCAAGCGCCAGCGUCCCAGCACCGCUGACGAUGAAGAUGAUGAUGACGACAAGGGCGGUCGCGAGCGUCGCAAGAUUGAGAUCAAGUUCAUCAACGACAAGUCUCGUCGUCACAUCACCUUCUCCAAGCGCAAAGCAGAGACUGGUCUGGUUUACACUUUCACGACACCAAAGCUGCAGCCUCUCGUCACCAAGGCUGAGGGCAAGAACUUGAUCCAGGCAUGCCUGAACGCUCCCGAACCCUCUCAGGGUGGUGAGAACGGCGUCGACGACUCGAACCAGGUCGACUCUCCCGAAGAGCCUCCUCAGCAACAACUCCCUCCCCAACGCCAGGGCAUGCCCCAUAACCCUCACAUGCCCCCCAACUACGGCAUGCCCGUCGGUGGCAUGGACCCUUCGCAAGCGCUCGCCUACCAGAGCUAUGUUCAGCAACAACAACGGGGUGGUGGCUACGCGAUGCCUCCGUCUGGUCUCCCCCAGCACACGUCGCACCAGUCAUGA